AUGUCGCUCAACAAGUCCCUCACCCUCAACGACGGCAACAAGAUCCCUCAGAUCGGCCUCGGUACCUGGCUCUCUAAGCCUGGUGAGGUAGCUAACGCAGUCCAAGUCGCCGUCAAAUCUGGCUACCGUCACCUCGAUCUCGCCAAGAUCUACCAGAACCAGGAAGAAAUCGGCACUGCCCUCAAGAAAAUCAUCCCUUCCGUCGUUAAGCGCGAAGAACUCUUCAUCACCUCCAAACUCUGGAACAAUGCUCACCGACCCGAAAAUGUUCAAGCUGCAUACGAGGAAACCCUCAACGAGCUUGGUCUUGACUACCUCGACCUCUACCUCAUCCACUGGCCCGUCGCCUUCGUUCCCGGGAAAGAUCUCGUCCCUAAAACCGAAGAUGGCAAGCAGGCCUUGAUCGAUCGCGACGUAUCUAUCGUCGACACCUGGAAAGCUCUCAUCGAACUCCAGAAAGCCGGCAAGGUCAAGUCGAUCGGUGUUUCGAAUUUCACCAUCGAACACCUUGAUGCUAUCAUCAACGCCACUGGUGUAGUUCCCGCUGUAAACCAGAUCGAAGCUCACCCUCUCCUGCCCCAGGAUGACUUGGUCGCUUACGCCAAGCAGAAGAACAUUCACCUCACCGCUUACUCGCCCCUUGGCAACAACUUGAGCGGAAAGACCAAGAUCGUUGACUACCCGCAAGUCUCGGAGGUCGCUAAGAAGUACAACGCUGACCCAGCACAGGUGCUUAUCGCUUGGGGUGUCAAGAGGGGCUACAGCGUUAUUCCUAAGAGUGUUACCGAUUCGAGGAUCAAGUCCAACUUCGACCAGAUCGAGUUGAAGGAUGAGGAUUACGACAAGGUUACCAGCUUGUACAAGGAGUUGGCCAAGGUUCGCUUCAACAUCCCUUUCACAUACGCUCCUAAAUGGGAUGUUAAUGUGUUUGGCGAAGAUGUCGAGAAGGAGGCUACUCAGUCGGUUAAGAUCCAGUAA